UCUGCAGUCAUUUCACUCAGACUCAAACCCAUCCUUCUUGGAAGUGAACGUGCAGCCUUACUUGAAGGAGUUGAAGGAUGCAGCGCUUUUCAAUAUUCCAUGUUCUUCUGUGUUUUGGCCUUGUGGCGGGUCAGGACUUCAGGCAAAAGAAGUGCGACUUCAUCAGAAGAGAAAUGGAGGGUGGUCACAAGGAGUGGAUGAAGCAUCAAGGAUGGUACAAGAGACUGGCUAGGUUGUGCAAUUUGCCCAUGGAUGAGGCACCGAUGUCAAGCAUGCCCAUGAUCAUGGCGCGGCCAGCCCAAUCCAGCUCGAUGGAAAUGAGGAUGCCAAUGCAGAUGCAGGUUCCAAGCCAAGUGAGUGGUGGCCUCCAGAAUGCUAUUGGUUGGGCCAAGCAGGCAGCUGCGUCUCCUGCGGGCGAAGAACUGAAGGACGAUGCCAAGAAGCUCGCAGAGAAGGCCAAGACCGCGUUUGAGCAUCAAGAUACUCAGGAGUUGAAGGAAGGCGCGGCAGAGUUCAUGAACAACAUUAAGACCCUGUGGGAGAAGAACACGGAUGAGGCGACAAAGAAAAAGGCCGCUUUGCUCAUUGGAAAGGCAGAGAAACUGCUCAGUGGUAAAGCGAAAGAGGAGCUUGCAACUGGCUUAAAACUUGCACACGUUGCAGAGAAGCAAAUAGAAGGUGCCCCUGAGGCAAAGAUGGCAAAGGAAUUCCUGAAGAAUUCUGAUGUUGCCAAGAAGGUCUUUGACCAGCUUCCAAAGAGCGGCUUUGAUCCAAAGCAGGCAGAAGAACUGGCUGCUGUGGCAAAGAAGAAUCUUGAAAAGUAUGGCGGCAGUGUCCAGGUGUGAACGAUGCCACGGAAAGCCUAGAAGACCAUUCUGUGCAGGGCGGGCUUUGAAUUGUGUAAUGAGCACAUAGGGU